AUGGCGCAGUUAAUGCCUCAACUUUAUCAUAAUCUUACAUCAUUAUGUUCAACCGACAACAGUUUUUAUUAUAAAGAUGCUCUACUUGAUUCUACCAAAUAUCGUAUAUUCAAUUAUCGGCUUUGUUCCUACACUAAUUUCCAUUCGCUUCCAUCUGCUUUGAAUUGUCGUGGAACAAUGUUUAACAUCAAUGACCCUGACAAUGUUCAAUUGGUUUCGUUGCCACCAGAAAAAUUCUUUAAUUAUGAAGAGGGCAACGGUUGUCAACAGCAUGAACUAGGGCAAUUAGGAGAUCAAAUGACCAAAAUGGAUGGAUCCUUAAUUUCAACAUUUCUCCAUUUUGACAAGAAGAACCGACCAAUUGUUCGUUUGAAAUCAAAAACAUCGUUCAUCUCAUCGCACUCAUGUGAAGCAAUGGAAUUACUAAAAGGACAAUUCAAAAGCGAAGUCGAAAGUCUGGUUCAUCUUCAUUAUACUGUCAAUAUGGAAUAUACAUCACCUUUGAAUCGCAUUGUUCUUCACUAUCCUCAGUCCGAAUUGACUGUACUCUCCAUUCGAUCUCAUUUGACUGGCGAGACUCUUUUUGCUCGGCAUCUCAUUUCGUUUCUUCAUGAACAUGGUUUUCAAUCGAUUCUCGAACGUGUAGUUCCAUUUAAAUCGAUUCCACGCCAUCUCUCUCAAAAAGAACUCGUGAAAAACAUCCGUGAUGAAACUCAAGGUGAAGGUUAUGUUGUUGAAAUCAUUCGUCCAGAUCAAACGUCUUAUUUAGUAAAAAUCAAAACUCACAAGUAUCUUCAAUUACACCAUUGUAAAAAUAGCGUGAUUUCUAUACAACAUUUAUUUGAAAACAUAAUCAAUGAACAAUCGGACGACUUAAGAUCAUUAUUCAAAGAUGACAUAGUAGCUUUGAAGAAAAUAGCGCAAAUGGAAGAGCAAGUACGACCACAAUUCAAUCAAAUGAUUCAAUCAAUUGAACAGUUUUAUGAAGAGAACAAACAUCUUCCGAGAAAAGAUUAUGCUAUCCUAAUAAACAAUACGUCAUCAAUGAAGAAAUAUAUGGGAUUACUGAUGAAUCUAUAUAUGGAUAAAGUCAAUGAUUAUAAACAAUUUGCAGUGAUGCAUAUGAAAGAUCUUUUCGGAAUUAAUGAUAAUCGCCAAGCAGUGCCAAUAAUUGAUGCCGAAGAAGAAGACUGA